AUGCAUCUCGAUGUAAGCGAUAAUCGUAUAAUUGAAUUUCCGUCCACAUUUCGAACGUUUAUGUUGUGUACGAUCAUCAUUGAUAGAAAUCCACUUAGAAAUAAUAAUGGUUUCCAAAAUUUCUCUUGUGGUACCAUACGCAAACGUGCCAUAUCAGAUAAACCACCAUUGUUACGACAUAUAGCAUUUUGUUCUGUAUUUAAUAACCGGUUAUCUUUCUAUUUACCAAAAACAUUAUUAAAAUCACUGUAUGAAACUUCCAUCUGCUGGUUAUGUUACAGACGUACACCAGUUUUACCUUCGCUUACAGAGUAUGGUGUUUUGGAUAUGUUUCUUUCUGUACAAAGGGAAACUGAUCGGCCAACUGGAAUACCUGCUAAGGGCAGCCUAUGCUUAUUUUGCUAUAAUGCUUUUUCCUGGGAAUUUUGA